AUGGAACAUACUCCCGAUCUGUCGCCAGCGUCGACGCCCUCUAGACGAGCUUCUCACAUAGACACGAACACCCACGGCAUACCGUCGCAUUCCCAGCAUGUGCAGUUUCGCGGCGACUCGCGUCCUUCCGUAGACGACUUGCACCCCGAUUCAAGCUCCAGAGUCAACGGAGGACUACGGACAAGUAUGGAUGUCAAGGAAGAGGAUGUAUUCGAUGAACAGUCCCCUCUCCUACCACCGCGUACCAGCGAAGAGAUUGGCAAGGUCCCAGCUUUGUCAGGUGUCACAAGUCCAGAUGAGAGUAGCGGGGAAGUCUCUUGGGACGGUGACAUUGGCUCCAAAGAAGAGAGCAAGAGCAGCUGGUAUCUGUUCCUCUUGACAAUCUCAUUGGGCGGGUGAGUCGGCUUGCUUUUGAAGCCGGUAUACUGGUGAGCCUGUGUCCAAUACCAUACGUUCGCUAACCCAAGAUGAUAGCCUGCAAGUUGCGUGGUCUGUAGAAUUAUCCAACGGCUCACCAUACCUGCUUACCUUAGGCAUCUCCAAGAGUCUGCUGGCCUUCGUCUGGAUUGCUGGACCGCUCUCGGGCACACUAGUACAACCAUACGUCGGGAUCAAAUCAGACAGAUGCCGGUUAAGAUUUGGCAAGCGACGUCCAUUCAUGGUGGUAGGUGCAGUUGCUACCAUCGUAUCUCUCAUGGUUCUGGCUUGGACGCGGGAGAUCGUGGGAGGAUUUCUCCGUAUCUUUGGAGUCGCAAGCGACAGUCAAGGAACAAAGACACUCUCCACCAUCCUGGCGGUGCUGAUGAUCUACAUCCUGGAUUUCAGUAUCAAUGUCAUUCAGGCUGGCAUCCGAGCAUUCAUCGUGGACAACUCGCCAACGCACCAGCAAGACUCAGCAAAUGCAUGGGCAAGCCGUCUAUCGGGCAUCGGAAACAUUGUCGGGUACCUCUUUGGUUAUGCCAAUCUCCCUAAAUACCUGUGGUUCUUCGGCAACACUCAAUUCAAAGUUCUAUGCGUCAUAGCAAGCUUGCUGCUUGCGAUCACCUUGGCGGUAUCCUGCCUGUCAGUCUCUGAGCGAGAUCCUCGGCUGGAGGGAGAGCCUAGGGACCAAAAUCUGGGGGUUGUUGCCUUCUUCAAGACGCUGUUCCAUUCAGUCCGCAGACUUCCGCCCCAGAUCAAGAACGUAUGCAUCGUACAACUUGCAGCAUGGGUGGGCUGGUUCCCCUUCCUCUUCUACAUCACAACAUACAUUGGCGAGCUGUACGUCGAUCCAGUUUUCCGCAAGAACCCGAAUAUGACCGACAAGGAGAUCGACGCCUCCUUAGAACACGGCACCCGCAUCGGCACGUUCGCGCUACUCAUUUACGCACUCGUCUCCUUCGCUGCGAGUGUAGCUCUGCCGUGGUUCAUCGUGAGCUCCUAUAAAGCCCCAGAACCGCCGUUGAGGACCCCAAUGACUCCGACUAGUCCUCUGGCGACCAGGAAUCUUGGGGCAGCGCGCGCGUCAGAGACAGUAGGCGACGGGUACUUCGGUAUCCAGCCAGCAAGCAGACUCGCAAGCGCUGUUGAUCCUGCAGACAGUGGUCCAAUCCGAUCUGCACAGCCAGUUCAGAAGCUGUUAGCAAAGAUGAAAGGUCGUGUUCCCAGACUCGAGAUUCCCUGGCUGACACUGAAGCGGGCUUGGCUGCUGUCCCAUAUCAUGUUUGCGUUGCUGACAUGGCUCACGUUCUUGGCACACGACACGACGGUUGCAACGAUUAUCACCGGCUUGAUUGGAAUACCCUGGGCAAUGACAAUGUGGGCGCCCUUCGCACUCAUCGCAGCGGAGAUUAGCAAGCGCGACAAUAUCCGUCGUGGACUCAUUCGGCCACCUGCAACUAGAGAUGGAGAGUUAUUGUCUCGUGGUGAAGACACAAGCGAAGGGGCAGAUCAAGCAGGUGUGGUUCUAGGUAUCCACAACGUUGCGAUUGCGGCCCCCCAGGUAGUUGCCACGCUUAUCAGCUCAGCGAUAUUCAAGGCCUUACAGAAGCCUAGAGGUGAACCGGGAGAUAACAGCGUCGCCUGGGUCUUGCGUUUUGGUGGUAUUAUGGCUUUGGUCGCUGCGUACUUGACAAGACGGGUGGCGGAGGAAGGUGACGAGGAGGACACGCCGCCAAAGUGGUGA